GGUGAGACAGGUGAGACCUGGAUGUACCUCCCUGCUGCUCCUAGAGCCGAAAUACUUUUUUCUGGGACUAGGUAGUGUAGGGUCCUCCUCUUAUUGUCACCUCACAUCUAUAAAGAGAUUAUUUCACUUUAUUCAGGUGCACAUGGGCUAAGUCACUCCAUCUGGUUGCCUAGGUGUCUAAUUUCUGUGAAGCCCAGUCAUGGGGGUUCAGUUAAAUGUUCCCAUAUCCCAUUAGGUCAUAUCCUAUCUGAUUGGCCAUCUUAUGGGUACCCACCUAUGAUUAAGAGAAAGAUGAGAUUUUACUGUAACAGCCUUGAUGCCUGGCCUGGCCUUUGUGCAAUCUUGAUGAUGAUGAUGAUGAUGAUGAAAAAUGUCCAUUAAAUGGAUCCUUAAAUUACUAUUCUAUAGUUAGAGCUAUUUUUUUAAAGAUCAGGGAAAUAGGACAAGAUCUCUAUGUUCAAGCUUUUAUUUCUGUUUGUGUACACACCUGUGAUUUCGAGUGUACCACCUGUUUCUGGCUGUGCACACAUUUGUUUGGGAGGGCACUCUGGUUUUGAUUUCAAGUGCACUCCCUUGUCUCUGCUUAUGUACGCGCCUGUUAUCUGGUCUGUGUAUGUACCUUGGGGUACACCCCUAGUUGUAGGUACACUGAUUAGCAGUGUACCUACUAAACAGAAGUGCACCUUCUGUUUCUGUGUCUGUGUAUACACUUGGUAUCUGUGUAUACACCUGAUAUUUUGUCUCUGUGUGUGUAUACGCCAGGAGGGAAACCUGUUGGGGUGAAUCCUGUCUGAUUGUGCCACUUGGGUAUUACUCUCUGAAUAAAAAGAAAUUCGUGUUCUACUGUAACGCUGUUUGGCACAGAGAGAAGAAGGGAAUAUUCUAAUGGUUCAGAGAACGGAGAAGGAAAAGUCAUCCUUUCCUUUGUCAGAAGAAAAAGGUUCAGGGUGAGGAUGAUUGCUGUAAGCUGGUAAACAAACUAAUUUUAAUAAUACUGGAACUACUUCCUCUACUCUCCCUGGAUUUGAGGGACCUACCUCUCUUGCCCUCUCCUAUCUCCAUCUUCAGAGUAGAAGGAUUAGAGUUAAAGUAGAAAGAACUGGCCAGAUGCCAUGGCUCGCACCUGUAAUUAUAGCACUCUGGGAGGCUGAGAGGCUUUCUGCUUAGAGAUGCUGAUCACCACCCUGUAUUGACAUCUACAGCAACAACAACCAGACACCCAUCUGCAUGAAAACGACCAUGCUUAUGAGCAACUGCACCCCCUUUACCACAAUCCUCUGGACGGACAUCUACUUCUGCCCUGACAGAGCUGAUUGCAGAGCCCACAAUUCAGCUGGAAACAGUCAGAAUGAUUUAAGCCUUCUUGGCUUCUAAAGAAAAUGGCUGAAGCAUCACCAGCAUCUUCUGAGCAGCUUGUUGUACACUCAGACUCUCACAGUAACACUGUCCUGGCCAGUUUUGAGGAUCAGAGAAAGAAAGGCUUCCUAUGUGACAUUACUUUAAUCGUGGAGAAUGUGCAUUUCCGAGCCCACAAAGCCUUACUUGCUGCCAGUAGUGAAUACUUCUCCAUGAUGUUUGCAGAAGAGGGGGAGAUUGGCCAGUCCAUUUAUAUGUUGGAAGGCAUGGUUGCAGACACUUUUGGUAUCCUGCUAGAAUUUAUUUACACAGGUUAUCUCCACACCAGUGAGAAAAGCACAGAACAAAUCCUGGCAACUGCUCAAUUCUUAAAAGUCUAUGACCUGGUAAAGGCUUACACAGACUUCCAAAAUAAUCAUGGAUCCCCAAAGCCAACAACUUUGAACACUGGGAGUCCAGUGGUUGUUAUUUCUAAUAAAAAAAAUGAUCCUCCAAAGCGGAAACGGGGAAGACCAAAAAAAGUGAACAGUUUGCAGGAGGAGAAAUCAGAACUGGCUGCAGAGGAAGAAAUACAGCUAAGAGUGAACAAUUCAGUUCAGAACAGACAAAACUUUGUGGUUAAAGGAGACAAUGGUAUACUGAAUGAACAGAUUCUGAUAAAAGAAGAGGAUGAAUCUGAGCCUGUUUGUGAGCCAGGUAGAGUGGAGGAAAUGUCAACUGAAAAAGAUGAGAACUGUGAUCCCAAGACCCAGAAUGGACAGGACAACCAGAGUCGGCACAGCAAAAGGAGGAUUUGGAGAUCAGUCAAACUUAAAGAUUAUAAACUUGUAGGGGAUGAAGAUGACCAGGGUUCAGCCAAGAGAAUUUGUGGGAAGAGAAAGCGCUCUGGUGGCCCUGAGGCCCGUUGUAAAGACUGUGGCAAGGUCUUUAAGUACAAUCAUUUUCUAGCAAUCCACCAGAGAAGCCACACAGGGGAGCGACCUUUCAAAUGUAACGAGUGUGGAAAAGGCUUUGCCCAGAAGCACUCCCUCCAGAUCCACACGAGGAUGCACACAGGCGAGCGGCCGUACACCUGUACUGUGUGCAGCAAGGCUCUGGCCACCAAGCAUUCUCUGCUGGAGCACAUGAGUCUGCACUCAGGACAGAAGUCUUUUACCUGUGAUCAAUGUGGAAAAUACUUCAGCCAGAAAAAACAACUAAAGAGCCAUUACCGAGUUCAUACAGGCCACUUAUUACCGGAAUGCAGCCACUGCCAUCGCAAAUUCAUGGAUGUGUCUCAGCUAAAGAAACAUCUGCGAACACACACAGGUGAAAAGCCAUUUACUUGUGAAAUCUGUGGCAAGUCUUUCACAGCAAAGAGUUCUCUUCAGACCCAUAUCAGAAUCCAUCGAGGAGAAAAGCCAUACUCAUGUGGCAUAUGUGGCAAAUCCUUCUCUGACUCCAGUUCCAAGAGGAGACACUGCAUUCUACACACGGGCAAGAAGCCUUUCUCCUGUCCUGAGUGCAACUUACAAUUUGCUCGCUUAGACAACUUGAAGGCCCACUUGAAAAUCCACAGCAAAGAGAAACAUGUGCCAGACGGCAGCAGCGUUUCUGGCAGUAGUAAUACUGAAGAGGUCAGGAAUAUUCUUCAGCUACAGCCAUAUCAACUCUCUACCUCAGGAGAGCAGGAAAUUCAGCUUCUUGUAACUGAUUCUGUAGAUAAUAUCAAUUUCGUGCCUGGUCCUAGCCAAGGAAUCAGCAUUGUCACUGCAGAGAGUUCCCAGAACAUGACCGCAGACCAAGCUGCAAAUCUCACCCUGCUCACACAGCAGCCAGAGCAAUUGCAGAAUUUAAUUCUUUCAGCUCAGCAGGAGCAAACAGAACACAUUCAGAGCCUCAGUAUGAUUGAAAGCCAGAUGGAGUCCUCACAGACAGAGCCAGUGCAUGUAAUCACACUAUCCAAGGAGACCCUGGAACAUCUCCACGCCCAUCAAGAGCAAACAGAGGAGCUCCACUUAGCAGCAAGUGCUUCAGAUCCGGCUCAGCACCUGCAGCUGACACAGGAGCCUGAUAUGCCGCCACCCACUCAGCAUGGGCCCCCGCCCACCCCACUUUGCCAGGAGCAGAGCUGACCUGUAAACACGGUUGGCUGCUCAACUGGGCUCUUCUCAUAAACCAGCUAGAACUGUGUUGUGAAUGCUUGAAGUCAGGCUCCCUGAAAUGCUAACUCACAGAUCCUCCCAUGAGAGAUGUGAUAGCCAGCUGAUGUUUAUAAUGCUUUCCCUACAGGCAGCAACAUGUGUGAUACAUGCGUGUAUCAUGUCACAUCUAUAGUAAUGAUUUGGAUUUAGCAUUUCAAUAUUGAUGAAUGGUUUUCAUUUUCAUGUACUACAUCUCUUAAAAACGGGGUCUUUGGGGGCAUUGAUUUAGACUUUUCUGUAAGUAUUAAAUGUUCACAGCCAUAGGUCAUGAUCUUGCUGACCUUUCCAGUUAUACUUCUAAUCUUUAGAACGAAAGGAAGUCAUGUUGGUUGUUGAACUGGGCAGAGUUGUUCAUUCUACUUUCUUUUCUUAGGCAACACAGUUAUUGCCACUACAAGUCAGGGAUAAAUAUUGACAGAUCACAAUGUUUGGGGAAUUUGUACUUUUAAUAACUUCCAAUCCCCUAAGAGCAGUCCUGGAUUUCUAAAUCUUUGUGUGGUACAGUGGGCACAUUGUGUUAUACUUAAAGGAAGAGUAAAGCUCACAGAAAUUAAUGUCUAAUAACUCAAAUUCAUAUAACAAAACCAAAAGUAGACAAUUUUUUAAAAAUCUGAAUUCAACUUUUCUGAGAAACAUGAAUUUACAUAUUCUUGGAAAAGCAGGUUAUCAAAAUUUUAAUUAAAAAGUCUAAAAUAUGAAAUUAGAUCAAGGCAUUCAUCUGAGCCUGGUGCAGUGGCUCAUGCCUAUAGUACUAGCACUCUGGGAGGCCAAGGUGAGAGGUUGGCUGAGCUCAGGAGUUUGAGACCAGCCUGAUUAAGAGUGAGCUCAACCCCAUCUCUACAAAAAAUAGAAAAAACUUAGCCAGGCAUGUUGGCAUGCACCUGUAGACCCAGCUACUCGAGAGACUGAGGCGGUAGGAUCACUUGAACCCAGAAGUUGGAGGUUGCUGUGAGCUAUGAUGACACCAUUGUACUCUAGCUCAGGCAACAGAAGGAGACCUUGUCUCGAGAAAAAAAGAGACAUUCACCCCAAAUAAUUAUGAAUUUUUGUCAGAAACUGUAUUUAGUUUUAUGGUGAAGUUUAUCCUGGAACAUAAAAUUUUAUUCAGUGUAAUUUAAAUGUUAAAUAUACUCUACUGAAUUCUGA